UCUCUCUCUCUCCCCACUCGCCGCCUCGCCCCGCCCUUCCCGCACACACCACCUGUCCCCGCCCCUCUCCGCUCCCGAGGCUUAGGGCUCCGGCCGCGCUCCCCUCCCCGCAUUCCCGAUCUCGCCGCCGCCCGCCUGGCCUCGGCCUCGAUCGCCCUCCCCUCUCGCGCUCCGUCCGUUCCGGAUUGUCUCGCCGCAGGUGUGCCUUGCCCCGCCGCGAUGGUGUCGGGCGGGUGCGUGGGGGCGGAGGUGGACCCGGAGGCGGCCGCGGCCGCGGCGGCGGCGGCGGCGGCGGAGAGGGACGAGGCGGUGGCUCCGGCGCCCGCGAGGGAGCUCGUGGUGGGGUACGCGCUCACGUCGAAGAAGGCCAAGAGCUUCCUCCAGCCCAAGCUCCGGGGGCUCGCCAGGAAAAAAGGAAUCUUAUUUGUUGCUAUUGAUCACAAACGUCCAUUAUCGGAUCAAGGUCCAUUUGACAUUGUUCUUCAUAAGUUGACUGGAAAGGGCUGGCAGCAAUUGCUGGAGGAAUAUAGGGAAACACACCCAGAAGUUACUGUUCUUGAUCCGCCUGGUGCAAUAGCACAUUUGCUUGAUCGCCAGUCCAUGCUUCAAGAAGUUUCUGAAUUGGACCUCACGGAUCGUUACGGUAAAGUACGUGUUCCUAAGCAGCUAUUUGUUAAUACAGAUCCCUUGUCAAUACCAGCUGCAGUUACUAGGGCUGGGCUUUCUCUUCCAUUAGUGGCGAAACCCUUGGUGGCAAAAUCUCAUGAGCUAUCUCUUGCUUAUGAUCCAACUUCAUUGACCAAGCUUGAGCCCCCCUUGGUUCUUCAGGAAUUUGUUAACCAUGGUGGUGUCAUGUUUAAGGUCUACAUUGUAGGGGAUGCAAUAAGGGUUGUGCGUCGGUUUUCACUCCCUAAUGUUGAUGAAGGUGAUCUCUCGAAUAAUGCUGGGGUGUUUCGGUUUCCAAGGGUCUCUUGUGCUGCAGCCAGUGCAGAUGAUGCAGAUCUUGACCCUUGUGUUGCUGAACUUCCUCCAAGACCAUUGCUCGAGAUAUUGGCACGAGAGCUGCGCCGACGACUGGGUCUUAGAUUGUUCAACAUCGAUAUGAUCAGAGAGCAUGGAACAAGAGAUCGGUUUUAUGUUAUAGACAUGAACUAUUUCCCUGGGUACGGCAAAAUGCCCGGGUACGAGCAUGUGUUCACUGACUUUCUGCUUAGUCUUUCCCAGAAAGAGUACAAGCGUCGACCAAGCUAUAGCUCAGGCGAAUGGUGAAUGCGGAAGAAGCUGUUUCGCCAGGUCCCUGUGUUGAUAUGUCUAGCAUCCACAGUGCGUGCGUACAGAUGUGCUUCCUCCAUCCAUGGGAGAUGAGAUGGGGGUAGUGGAGUUGGGCAUCAGUAGUUGCGAUAAGAGCAGCGAGGACUGUUGUCAGGCUGUAAUUAACUUGUUGCUUCACAUUUGCUAACUGUUCAUGUCCUAGAAUAAUUUUAUUUCGCUCAGUGAUAUUGCUGAUCAAGUAGAGCUACUUGUAAAACUCACGGCUUGAAUCUCGAAAAAUAAACGGGGUGGUAAUCUGCAUGAACUGCUAA